AGCCUGGGGUGGUUUCAUUAAUCUUAGUGCAGGUGUGUGCCCGGGGCGGUGAAGCCAAGAGAGAGGAAAGGCUGGCUGCAGGCUGGUGGCUGGGGCAGAGGAGCAGGCUGGCGGGACGGCCAGAGGGGACUGGGUGUCGCAGUGUCGCUCGCGCCCGGAGUAGAGGCAUACCUGCCCGCAUACUCACUCUCCCGUGGCUCCCUCCACACCAGCUGUCGCCGCGCUCUCCUUCGCGUGGAUAUGAAGUCCCAGCGCCUCACACUCGUGCCCUCGGUCCCUCCUGCUGGGUGUAGAGGAACUUGCGGGUGAAGCGACGCGGCUGUGCAGGAGGUUACGUGAAACAAGGUGCAGGCCGGGUGUCUGGCCUGAGUAGACUCUCGAAGGCCAUCACUUAGAGCUCCCCUCGCGCGCCAUUCACUCAGACGUCGACAUGGGCGUUGAGAGGGGGCGCGCCUCCCAGCGAUCUCACGGGGUGGCAUCCCAGCGUUCCUACGGCACGUCAUCCUCGUCCUCACACGGCUCUAAAACCAAGUGUAAAAACUGUUGUCGAAAGUUUGUGUCGUUCAUGUGUACGCAGGUGGGCGUGGGUGGACUGGUAGUGUCUUACGCCAUCUUUGGAGCAUUCGCUUUCACGGCCAUUGAGGGGAAGAACGGUCACUGGCAGACCAAUCGCACUUCCCUUAUCCACAACAACACCAUCCGCACGCUGUGGAACUUUACGGAACGCCUCAACGUGCUGCACAAGGACCAGUGGUACGAGGAUGUCAACAGCACGCUCCUCGACUUCCAGAAGCGCAUCGUGGAGGUGGUGCUGGACGAGGACUACGACGGCAGGAACCACACGGAGGUAUGGAACUUCCCGGCCUCCCUCAUGUUCUGCCUCAGCGUGUUCUCCAUGAUCGGCUACGGACACAUGACGCCCAGGACAGAGUGGGGCAAGAUCGCCACCAUUAUUUACGCAGUGUUCGGGAUCCCCCUCUACAUCGUCUACUUCAUGAACAUGGGACGCGUGUUUGCUAAGUCGUUCAAGUUCCUGUACCGCCUCAUGUACCGCUGUCUCAACCACGGUCGGGGCGGCAAGUCAGGGCCCGUGGAGAUCGAGGUGGGGGAGGAGGGCGACGAGGCCAUCAUCGUGCCCUCCACCGCCUGCAUCUGGGUCAUGAUCUUCUAUAUGACCACAGGCACCAUCAUGUUCGCAGAGUGGGAGCAGUGGUCUUACCUUGACUCCUGCUACUUCUCCUUCACCUCCCUCGCCAAGAUCGGCAUCGGGGACUUCGUGCCUGGCUUCGGCGGUGGCUUCGGGAAGGCGGCCAGUCAUGACAGCCAGACCAAGCUGAUCAUCAACUUCAUGUACCUGCUGAUCGGUAUGGGACUCAUCGCCAUGUGCUACACGCUCAUGAAGGAGGAAAUCAUGCUCAAGCUGAGAGGCCUCGAGCAGGACAUCAAGGAGAAGCUCUACAUUUGUGGCCUCAAACUUGGUCUGUACGAGGAGGAGCAGUCCUACCCGGAGCCCCGUCCGCCCAUGCAUCCGAGACCCAGAUCCGUGCGUAAGUCAGUACGUCGACGAUAGUGGCGGUGGUGGUGGUGGUGGUGCGUGCCAGGCCUUGAGUGACAGGACAACAGUGGCUUCUCGGUGCUGAUGGAACUGUGACUGUUUCUAGUGAACUGUAUAUGAGUGACGCCCAAGCGGGGAUACAGAUUAAGACGGCGCCAGGGAAGGAGGCAGCGCUCACACCCUCGACCUGCCGUGGUGCCAAGUUCGUCCCCCUGGCGGAGUGGUGGCAGGAGGCGCUGGUCUGGGCUGCCGAUACUUUCCUGUGACUUGUAACCUUCCUUUGGGGCACAGGAUCGUGUAUAGAGGAACGGAGCGCGGCCUCCUAUGGUGUAUUAUAGGGAUUCUUUUCUUUCCACCGUGGCCACAAAUGAUGAACAGGAGGCAUAAGUGUGUGUGUGUGUGUGUGUGUGUGUGUGUGUGUGUGCACGCAAGGCAUCACGUCUUGCUGCUGCAGGGUAAUGGUGGUCUUCAUACACAGUUUACGGAUCAUAAUAAGAAUAGCUUCUGCGGACCUGAAAAUAAACAAGUGCCCCCUGAGCUAUUUUAUCUUUAUUUUAUUUAUUUUUGUGGAAGUAACACAGAUGCAUCUUUGAUCAAAGCUAUAUUUGUACUUGGUGUUAUAUCUACAGUGUACACUAGUGACUGUUAGGAGAUGCUGUGCACAAGUCAACCAAUAAAUAACCCAGAAAUAUAACGAUGUUUCUC